CCCCCAGAGAUAAUUCAAGCCAAAACUCAGGCACCGGCGAAAUUCUGCAUUGAAGGGUUGGACACAUGUUCUUGGCUCUUAGAGGCGCUUCAGUCUCUUACAAUUGAAAGAGGUCUGCGUACAUCCUACCGAAGAGAGAAGAGGAGACUGCUCACCAUUUCUUUUCACUCCUACAGAUUUGGUAACCAUCUCAAAAUCUGUGAGCAUCACCAAGACGGCAAGACCUGGAUUCUCAUCCCGGAAGGUAAUCAAGGUUCUGGGAUUACUUCUUUCAUCUCCUGCUUUAAGAAAAUUUAUGUCAACUUGAGGUCCUCUAUUCCCCAUCCCCCUCCUUUUGUUGACAAUGCCUUAGUUUGUGCUUGGACUCAACCUUCUCCUCAACAAUCUUCAAACUCCAUCUCUGCCACUUUACUUAAAUUGGAAUUUUCAGAGAGUCUGCACCACCCUCCUCAUGGCCCUCCAAUUACCCCUGCAACCACAAAGCAGUCAACACUACAAGGCACCCUUUCUGCUUCAGCCCCAGCUUUCACCCCUCAAAGACUCGUCACUACACCAGGCCAAACUCUUGAUAUGGCCUGUGCAAAACCUCUUCAUUUCCAGGGAUGUUCUAAUUCAGACAAUGAUUUGGACAGCCCUCCUUGGGGCAAAAACCUAGGUUACAUCUCCGGGCCUGAAAUUAAUCCUUUGGACAACCAGAAAAAACUUCCCUCAAAUGUUUCUGAAGAUGAAUGGGUAACGGACAGAGGCUCAGAUGAUGAUGAAGACUGGCACGCCUAUAAAGAGGUCAACAAGAAAAAAAAACCUUAAGAAAUUUGACCAAUUAUGUUUGCAAUUCAAGGAUAGUCCCCAUCCAAGAAGAAGUAAGAGGUUAACAGAACUUAAAGCCAAGCGUGUUUGGGAACAAAUUUGAUUGGUGAGAAUGCUGUCAAGAUUUUCUCCUCAUGAUGUUCACCCUCUUCCUUAAUCCAGUGCUGCAGGUCGUUAUCAGGUUA